AUGACGCAGUAUUUUGAAAAUUUUGAUGAAUUUCUUAAAGAAAUAGACCUGGAAAAUUAUGCUUCGUUUGUAAAAGAAAAUGUUUCAAAUGAGGCCAAAAAAUAUGAUGAGAAUCUUUGUGCUCAGGAUUUGAGAAAUUUAGCUAAGUGUUUACCUAGGGUGUCGGGUGUUUGGUAUGAUUUGCAUAAAAAUAGUUGGGAAGCUAGAUGGACCGAUAGAGGUAAAUCAGCAAGAAAAUAUUAUUCUGUUCAGAAGUUUGGAUUUCAUGAAGCAAGGAAGUUAGCUAUAAAAACUAUUCAGACAAAAGAAAUUAAUUAUUUAUGUAAUAGUAUAAAUGAUAAAUAUGAUAGACCAUUAGAAUGGAAUUUAACUAGUGAUUUUUUAGAAAUUACUCGUGAUCCAACUAUUAACUUAAAAAAAAAAUCUCGAUCUAAAAAUUGUAGAAUUAAAGCAAAAAAAGAUACAGAAAAGAAUACGCUCCUAAUAAAAUCAACUAGUCGUAAUAAUAAUAAUAUGAAUGGUGGUGAUAAUAAUAAUGGUGAUGAUAAUAAUAAUGGUGAUGAUAAUAAUAAUGGUAAUGAUAAUGGUAGCGAUGUUGGAUAUACUUAUGACAAUAUUAAUAGUAAGAAAACUAAAUAUGAAAGAAAAUGUAUCCAUACAAUAAAUAGUAAAAAAAAAAAUACAGAUGAUAUUCUUAAAAUAAACUUCUAUGAGGACUUGCAAAACGAUGAUAUAUCUCAUGAAAAUGAUGAAAAGAAAAGAAGAACCAAUGGAAAAACAACUUAUGAUAAUUUUGCUCUCAAACACAUAGAAAACAUUAAAUAUUCGUACGAAAAAACUUUUGAAGAAAAUAACAAUACGGAAGAAAAUUUGAAUUUGUUUACUUCAAUAGAAACUGAAAAAAAUGGAACAAAUGGAAGUAGCUAUGUUUUUAUAAGUGGUUCAGAAUCAGAUACUAAUAAAAAAGAGAAUAACAAAUCAGAAUUUGCUAAUCACAUGAAUAUACAUAAUAGGAGCAAUAGAAAGAAGGAUAAACAUGAAAGAUUAAAUGAGAAAAUUUUAAAUGCAAAUAAUAAUAGUGAUGAAUGGAAUUAUAUGAACGAUACCCAUUUAAAUAAUAUUUUUAAUAUAAAAAGAAUGGAUAACGGAAAUAAUGUAAAUGAAUAUAAACAAGAUGAUGAUAGCAAUGGUUCUGAAGAUAAACUAAUACAAAAUAUAAUAAACAAAUGUGAUCAUAAUAAUGAUAAGGAUGAUAGUGACGAUGAUAUUGAUGGUUAUGUUAACGAGGAAGAUGUUAACAAGGAUGAUGGUAACGAUGAUGAUGGUAACUAUGAUGAUGGUAACGAUGAUGAUGGUAACUAUGAUGAUGGUAACGUUGAUGAUGGUAACGAUGAUGAUGUGUGUAUUAUUAAAAAUGUCAAGAAUUCUCACAAGAAUGAAAAAUUAUAUUAUAAUAAAGAUUAUAACCAAGACACCAAGAAAUUCGCAAGUGAAGAAAUUUUCAAUAUGUUCAAUCAACAAAGUGUCUUUUCUAAAGAAGAUUUUUAUAAUAAACAAAUACAACUUUUAAAAUAUUACAUGAAAAAAGAUAAAACUGAAAUUCCUGAUAAUAAAAUGGAUACAUGUAAUGAAUUUAAUUCAAUGAGAAAUAUUGAAAUGGCACCGAAUUGGAGCUCAAAUGAGAUCCACAAUUGUGUGCUUAAUGGUUUUACGUGUAAUUCACAUAUGCAUAACGAACAUAUUAAUAAUGGUUAUAUGAAUAAGGAUUAUAUGAACAAUUUAUAUAUACAUAAUAGCUGUAAGAAUAAAGAUGGUAUAAAUAAUGGAUAUGUAAGAAAUUACUGUAAAGAGAAUAGUUGCAAGAAAGAUUCCUAUGAGAAUAAUAGAUUUAGAAAUAGUUUUUGUAUGAACAAUAUAUGCACAUGGAAUAAUUUCGAGAAUAAAUUUUGUAUGAACAAAUGUUGUAUGAACAAAUAUUGUAUGGAUAAAAAUUGUAUGAAUAAAUAUUGUACAAAUCAAUAUUGUACAAAUCCAUAUUGUACAAACCAAUAUUGUACAAAUCCAUAUUGUAUGAAUGAAUUUUAUAUGAACAAUGCUUGUAUCCACAAUGCCUGUAUUCACAAUACUUGUAUGGGAUAUCGUUGUAUGAAUAAUGUUUGUAUGCACAAUAAUUGCAUGCUUAAUAAUUAUGUAAGAAAUAAUUGUUCUUAUAUAAAAAACCCUAUGAAUGAUUCAUCAUAUGAGAUAUUCGAUGAGAACCAAAUGCUUUCUUUUUAUGAAGACUUGAAAAAUAUCGACCUUAACAAAUUAAAUGCUAAUAAUUCUUGCCUAUUAAAUGAUACCAUUUGUAAGCUAUCUGGUAGUAGCAAUAAUAAUAACUAUUAUAACAAUAGCAAUUUUUCUACAUCUUAUAAAAACGAUUCUUACAAUUUUAGUAAUAUUUUAAAUAUUAUUCAAAAAAAAACUGACGACUUUUUAAGGGAAAACAAAGAUAGAAACAUCUUCAACGAAUAUAAUACUUCUAACAAUAUUUUGAGAAAGUUGACUAGCAUGAUAAAUAGAAAAGAUUAUUCUCAAAAAGGAGAAAGUGAAGAUGGACUUGAAGAACUCAAAACUGAAGAAACAAAAGAAGAUAUGAAAGAUAGUAAAUCAAACGAAGUUAUAGGAAAUUAUUAUAAAUAUAAUGAAUUAGAAAAAGGACAAGAGGAGCAAGAUGGAAAACGUGCACAAUCUGAAGAUAAAGAAGAAGAAGAAGAAAAAAAAAAUAAUACAAAAGAACAUACAGAAAAGAAAAAUAAUAUAUGUGACGAAUCAGAAUAUGGACAAGAAGAGUACAACUGUGACAAAAUAGAAAAGGAAGAAAAAUAUGAAGAGGACAAAAUUGAUGAAUCAAAAUGUGAAGAGUAUAAAGGUGAAAAAAAUAAAUCAAUUGAAGAAAAUAAAUCAAAUGAAGAAAAUACAUCAAAUGAAGAAAAUAAAUCAAAUGAAGAAAAUAAAUCAAAUGAAGAAAACAAAUCAAUUGAAAAAAAUGUAUCAAAUGAAGAAAAUAGAUCAAGUGACGCAUCAGAUGAGCAUAAUCCAAUAAAACAACCUUUCAUAAUGCAUAAUUCAAGGGAUUCUUUAAAUUCAUCAGACAAUUUGCUUAUUUACAAAAAUGCAAUUGUUUUACUUUUAAAUGACAUAAAACUAAAAUGUCUACCACAAUUAGGAAAACAAUUUUCAGAUGUAGAAAGAAUAAUUGAUAAUUAUUUAAUUUAUGUGGAUUCUGCUCUUAAUGAACACUUUUUACGCACAUUUGUAAAUUUAUUUGACAUGUGUGUAACAAAUAAUACUUUACCUAGUCAAAUGGACACAAAGAUACAACAUAUUUUUUGUAAUGCCUUAAUAGCUCUCCAUGUUAUAUUUCUGAACUUUGUGAAUGAUAAUAAUAAUCAUCUCCUUGAUAAUUAA